AUGCGCCCUCGCAGGGAAUCCGGCUCCACCGUGGACAAUGUCCGACACUGGUCGUGCAAAAUCCCACCCGUCGCACACGACCAAACAGGCAUUGUCGGCGUGGCUUCACAGGCUUAUACAGCUAAGCUUAUCGGGCUUGUCAAACUCGGCGGACCGAGACGACCCUCCAUUGCAAGUUCGCAAGGCUCUCCCGAGGCCGACGCUGAUUUCCUACCCUCGAGGCCGCGCCACAGUCGCGUAAUCGCCGAGAUGUUCGCGCGUUUCGGACCGGAGCGGACGGGUGGCAGCCACCGCGCCUCACCCGACUCGACAACUGGUCCUCCCAGGGUCCACAUGACGUCAUGUGGGCUACCGAUAGGCAGUGAGCGUAUCGGGGAGCGUACAGAACAGCUAGUCACCAAAUAG